AGAGCGCGCGCGGUAGUAAUGCUCUCGGGAGGAUAACACACACACACACACGCAUACACACAUUGAAACACACAAACACUGAGACACACACACACAUACACUUUCUCUCUGUGUGUGUCAGAGUCAGAGAGAGAGACAGACAGCUAGAGGAGAGCGCGCGCUCUGUGGAGGGAGGGACUGUUGGUUGGUCGGGUGGAGGCGCGCGCAAAGACAAGACAUCUCUCUCUCCGAACACAACAAUAAUAACAAUAAUAGGCAGAAGCAGCAGAAGAAUAAAAAGCAGAGGAAGCGCGCACGGGGAGAGGAGGAGAGGAGCAUGGUGGCGGGUAUGGAGAGCCUGUGUGAGAUGGACUGCGGCUCUCUGAAGCGGCUGCUGAAGGAGGACGGCGGCUGUAAGCUGCUGCUGCUGGACUGCAGGUCCUUCCUGGCCUUCAGCGCGGGGCACAUCCGCGGCGCCGUCAACGCGCGCGCGAACACCAUCGUCCGCCGCCGCGCCAAGGGCUCCGUCAGCCUGGAGCAGAUCCUCUCCGGGGACGACGAGGCCCGGUCCCGCCUGCUGGCCGGACUCUACUCCGCCGUCAUCCUGUACGACGAGCGGACGCAGGACGCGCGCGCGGUGAAGGAGGACAGCACGCUGACGCUCGUGCUGAACGCGCUGGGGAGGGACACGUUCAGGACGGACGUUUACUUGCUGAAAGGUGGAUAUGACAGAUUCUGCUCUCAGUAUCCAGACUACUGUUUAAAGAGCAGGACGCUGCCCGUGCCCAGCACCGUGUCCAGCACCUCCUGCGGCACGCCCCACCACGACCAGGGUGGACCCGUGGAAAUCUUACCCUUCCUGUUUCUGGGCAGUGCCCUCCACGCCUCUAAAAAGGACAUGCUGGACGGUAUGGGGAUCUCUGCUUUACUGAACGUGUCUUCGAACUGUCCAAACCACUUCGAGGGGGCGUACCAGUACAAAUGCAUCCCGGUGGAGGACAACCAUAAAGAGGACAUCAGCUCCUGGUUCAUCGAAGCUAUCGAGUUCAUAGACUCCAUCAAAGACUCGAACGGGCGCGUGCUGGUGCACUGCCAGGCGGGCAUCUCUCGCUCGGCCACCAUCUGCCUGGCCUACCUGAUGAAGAAGAAGCGCGUGCGCCUGGAGGAGGCCUUCGAGUUCGUCAAGCAGCGGCGCAGCAUCAUCUCGCCCAACUUCAGCUUCAUGGGUCAGCUGCUGCAGUUCGAGUCGCAGGUUCUGGCCACCUCCUGCGCUGUGGAGGCCGCCAGCCCGUCCGCCACUCUGGGGCCCAAGUCUUCCUCCUCGCCCAACUCUCCGUACAUCUUCAGCUUCCCGGUGUCGGUGGUGCCGCACGGACAGCCCAGCAGCCUGUCGUACCUGCAGAGCCCCAUAACCACCUCGCCCAGCUGCUGAUGAAGCGCCGGGGGAGGCCGGCGGAGCCUCUGUACGGACUGUAAACGGACAGAACGAGGUACGAUAGACUGAGAAAAAAAAGGAGAAAGACCUCGAUAUAACCAGCACUGCGGAGGAUACCUGCUUGAUGUUUGAUGUCCUUCCUCUCCUGGGAGAUCCGGGAGAGAACCGAGAGAUAACAAAGAGAUAACCGGAAGAUCAUUAGACUUCCUGUCUGGUUAUCUGUCUGGUUGAACAGACAGGACUAGGACUUUUGCUCGGUUGGUUAGUUAGUUGGUUGGUUGGUUCUCUUCGCCCAAAAUAAUAGAAAAAAGAAAUAAAACGAAGAACGAAGUACUUUAAGAAAAGCUUUGAGGUUCAUUCGAUAGAAAAAGUGAACGAUUAUGGAUUCAACUAAAAAGAGAAAGGUUUCGAAAGCAGUGCAUCCUUUUUUCUUAUUUAGAAAAAGAAAAAAAACGCUACCCAAGGGUUCUUCCAAAGCCCAAAACCCAAAGCCCAAAGCCCCACCUCUUCUUUUCUUUUUUCUUCCUCUCUCUUUAUUCUAUAUCUCUUUCUGAGAGCAAAGAGCAGAAGAGGACUUGAACACUCUCCACUUAUCCAUUUAUCAGUUUAUCAAUUUAUCCAAUCACCCCCUCCUCCCAAAAACCCAAGCGGAAAGAGGAAAGAAAGACCUGAGAGAAUGAGUUGAGUUGAGUUGAGUUGAGAUGGACCUGUAUCUGAACCUGGACCUGCUGGAGCUCUAAAACAGGAGCUUUCGUCUGUUGGUUUUGUCUUGAGUUUGUUUCGUUAUUUCCUUAUUUCUGUUGGUCAGUGCCUUGCACACACAGAGAAAGUACAGGACAUUCCACAGGACAUCUACAGGACCUCUACAGGACGUCUGCAGGCUCCUCUAAGCAAUUGUCCUGCACACAGCCUUUCCCCCCAAACCCACAAAGAGUCAAGAAGCUACUACUGGAAGGCAGACUGAUGGAAGAAUAUUGCAAAAAGUUGCAACAAGAAAAAGAAAAUUGCAUUUCGUUCUGCAAUACAGACAAACAGAUAUAAAGACAGACAAACAGACAGACAUGUUCAUCUAUCUGUUCAACUCUCCGCGUCUCUCACCGCAAAACUAGAGCAAUAAUCUCUUCUACUUUCUCCUGCCUCUUCCGAGUUUCCACCAAAGCACUGUCGAAGCCCGCGUCUCAGCGUCCGUCACAAUGUACGAUCUGCGCUUUCUAGUGAUUUUUCUCUCUCUGGUUCUGAUUUUGAUUUGAUUUAAUUUAAUAGCUUUGAUUUGUACAGUGUAUUUGUACAGUAGCAGACCCAGACAUUAUUUCUGCUGUUGCCUUACAGAGAAUGACUGUGGAAUUCUCCAGUACAGAAUGUUUAUCUUUAUUUCUUCUUUUUUGGAAAUAAUGUAAAAAACAUUAUUACAGUACAGAGAAGACACUGACACUGUUUUUUUGUUCACAUGCACUUCAUAAUCCGAUUCGUUACUGAAUUACUCAUUUCUGCGGUCUUUGUAAUCUGAUUAUUCAAGUAUUCAUGUAAAACCAUAUUUCGUUUUCUUUUUUUCGGUUUUGGAGUAAGAUUUAAAAAUCUGAUCAAUCAAAAAAGCUAGAUUUUAGCUCAGUAAUCAGAUUUCUCAGUACCUGUAUAUUCAGUAUCGAUCAUAAUCAGAUUUGUACUGUUUAAAUCUGCAGACUAUUCAAGUAGUUAUGUUAACAGCAUAGUCCAAUUUCCAUAGUCCAGAUUCAGAAAACUGAGUUUCAAAGCAUCAGAUUACUGGAAAACGCUGAUGUUCUGCAGAAAUCUGAUUAUUCAAGUAUUUAUAUAGCUUUUUUUCAGUUGUGGCGUAACAUCUAAAAAUCUGAUUAAGAAAUCCUAUCAAUCAAAAUCGCUGGAUUUUAGCUCAGUAAUCAGAUUUCUCAGUGCCUGUAUGUAUAUAUAUUCAGGAUAGGUCUGAUUACUGACCUACUCAUUCAAACUAUCAACAUUUCCCCAUUACCUGAUUACCCAGAUGUAAAUGUGUUGAUCAUAAUCAGAUUUCUGCUCUUUAAAUCAGCAGACUAUUCAAAUAGUCAUGUUAACAGCACAGUUUUACAGAAAAUCUAGAAAUCAGAUUCAGAAAUCUGAUAAAGAGAGCACAAUUAUGUAUAUUUACUCGUUGAUUUCAAAACAUAAAGAUCUGAUUACUGACCUACUGAUAGAAACAGUAAUCAGAUUACUGGCGAAUGCUGAUGUUCUGCAGAAAUCUGAUUAUUCAAGUAGUCGACUUUUGUCGCUUUUUGCAGAUAAUCUAGAAAACUGAUUAUGGAAUCUGAUCACAUGUAUAUUUAUUGGUUGGUUGCAAAGCAAAUAUCUGAUUAUAAAUCUGAUUUGACCUACGGGAUCUUUUCCCCAUUAUCUGAUUACCCACAUGUAAAUGUGUUGAUUAGAGUACUGACAAACUUUGUAAUCCAUUUAUAAUCAGAUUUCUGCAAUUUAUAUCUACAGAGUAUUGAAGUAAUAGAGUAAAAUUUAGAAAUCAGAUAGAGAGCAGAACUAUAUUUAUAUCUUUAUUGACUGACUUCAGAAAGUAAAUAUCUGAUUACUGACCUACUUAAUUUAAACAGUAAUCAGAUAAAUGGCAAAAUCUGAUGUUCUGCAGAAAUCUGAUUAUUCAAGUAGUCGAGUUUUGUAUUUUUUUGCAGAUAAUCUAAAAAACUGAUUAUGGAAUCUGAUCACAUGUAUAUUUAUUGUCUGGUUGCAGAGCAAAAAUCUGAUUACUGACCUGCUCAUAUACACUCCUGUAAAAGUGGGAGUUUUCUCACUGUCUGAUUACCCAAAUUCAUGUAAACACAUUAAUCGGAUUAGUAAAAAAAUCACUAUAUUUUAUAGGUGUUCUGCAGUAAUCGGAUUAUGAAGUGCAUGCUGUACGGAGGGACCUCAGAUCGGAUUUUGAUAGGCCACUUGAUAGUCUAACCACUGUAACUUUCCUUUACUUUAAAUUCUAACGUGUGUACGAACUUUUUUGGGUCCUGUGAACUCUAUACUGCCCCCACAGGUCUGAUUUAGUCGAACCACCUACGCUUAUAUUAGUAUAUUAAUAUAUUAGUAUAUUAGACUGAAUACACUGGAGAUUGGAGAUUGUGUGUGAAGGUUGUGAUGCCCACGGUUCAAGGCCUUCUUUACGUUUUCGAUAUAUGUCUGUUCACAUCUGCAGUUUUUACGAUAAUUUUCAGUUUUUUACAUUAAAUUUUGCGUGAAAAGUUAACGCAGUUCUAUACCUGAGUCUGGGAUCUGCAUCUGAACUAGGGCUGCACGAUAUAUAUAUAUAUAGCAUCGAUAUUUCACAAUAUAUAAAUGCACAAUAGUCACAGUUAUCACGAUAUAUUGGCCACGAUAAUGAUAUCACGAUACUGCGAUACUUAAUAUAAAAAUAUGUAUAUAUAUAUAAAUCAGCAAAUACCAGGAAUUAAUUAUGGCUUUAUUAGUGUCAGUUUCACAAAUUUUGACAACCAAUAUUCAAAAACCAUACAAUAUAUCGCAAUAUCGAUAUAUUGUCCCAUCCCUAAUACCUACCAGAUUACUGAUUAACAAUUAACAAUCUACCUAAUACUAAUUGUAUUGGAUACACAGACUUUAAUACAUUAUUAACUCAUUGUUUUAUACAUUUUAGGCCUUUUUUUCAUAGACCCUAAAAUAGAGCCCUGUGGAACUCAAUAUAAACAUAUAAAUAUGAUCAAAUAUUGCCAAAUAAUUUGUACAGGAUUAAAAACAGAAUAAUAUAAAAGGCCUACAGUUCUAAAGAUUAAUAUAAAGAAUUCUUAGAUCAUGGAGGUCUGGUGUAGUUUGGUGUUUUAAUAUAAAUUUAAAUUUUAUACAUUUUGAUAUCUCGCUAUAUAUACAGCUCUAAAAAGAAAUGAAGAGAGCACUUCAGUUUCUGAAUCAGUUUCUCUGAUUUUGCUAUUUAUAGGUUUGUGUUUGAGUAAAAUAAACAUUAUUGUUUUAUUCUAUAAACUACAGACAACAUUUCUCUAAAAUUCCCAAAGUUUAACAAGUUCAGAAAUCAAUAUUUGGUGGAAUAACCCUUUCGUGUUUUUUUUUAAUCACAGUUUUUUUUCAUGCAUCUUGGCAUCAUGUUCUCCUCCACCAGUCUUACCCACUGCUUUUGGAUAAAUUUAUGCUGCUUUACUUCUAGUGCAAAAACUCGAGCAGUUCAUUUUGGCUUCCUCUUGAUUAUAUUCCAGAGGUUUUUAAUUUGGUAAAAUCAAAGAAACUCAUUUUUAUCAUUUUUAAUGAUGGUCUCUUUUCAUUUUUUUCCAGAGUUUUAUAGAUCUAUAUAUAUUGCAAUGGCAAUUUGUUCCCCUCAGUAUCAUGCAGCCCUAAUCUGAAGCCCUGCUCUGAUUAAGUUUAUUUUACCAUUUCAAUAGAGUUUAAAAGCCUCCCUCCUCGUCUCCUCUUUCCUAUUGAAUGUGGGCACCUUUUCUAGAGCACUUUUAAGGGAUGCAAUAUUGUAUUACUGAUGCGUUUUUAGAUGAUAUUUGUUUUGCACACACUCGGAGUAGCGACAGCUGAUUUACUGUGCAUUGUUACACCCAGUAGAGCUUUACUUUUGUGUAUGUAAAUGAUGAUGAUGAUGAUGAUGAUGAUGAUGAGAUGGUCUGUCACCAAUCACUGAUGAAUGCAAUACUAUUUUUACUGUAUCUCGUCUGAACUGAAAUGUUUGUUUAGUCUCGACUGCCCACGGAAAUAUCAUUCGGAAGGGUUCGAUUUUUAAAACCUUGCCCUGUUUUUUGUUGUAUAUGUAUAUUUUAUUUAUUCCUUGAUUUCCAUGGUUAAAUAUAUAAAAAAAACAAUGUUCUUUAA